AGGGAGUAGUUGGCUUUCUACGUGAAGUGACAACAAGCAGUCUUCAAUUCUACUGUACAAUCUUUUCUUUAAAAAAAAAAUACUUGUAUCCGCAUUCAUAUUCAUGAAUAGUAUAGUUGUUAGUUUCGCAUGCGCAGUGUAAGUUUAUAUAUAAUAUAUUUGUUUGAUGAAAUUGAAUCAGUGCUAAAACGAAUCCGCCAUGGAAGCUCUAAAAGCUCCAUCACUUCACCGCCAACUCAUCUCAACAUACACUUUCCCUAAACCCAUUUUGCACAUCUCAUCAUCUCGGCGACUAAUUCUCCCAAUCCAGAAAUCAAAUUUUAGGAGUUUCACCGCCAUUUCUCCAACCACCCCUUCAACGGAGGAAGAGAUUGAAUCGGAGAAAUUCGAGUGGUACGAGCAGUGGUAUCCGGUGUGUGCGGAGUGUGAUCUGGAUAAGAGAAGGCCUCAUGCGAAGAAAGUGAUUGGGAUUGAUUUGGUGGUGUGGUGGGACAGGAAUGAGAAUGCAUGGAAGGUGUUUGAAGAUAGUUGCCCUCACCGAAUGGCGCCGCUCUCAGAAGGGAGGAUCGAUCAGUGGGGAAGGCUGCAGUGUGUUUACCACGGCUGGUGCUUUGGUGGCGCCGGUGACUGCAAAUUCAUCCCUCAAGCCCCUCGAGACGGCCCUCCCGUUCACACCUCCAGUAAGGCGUGUGUAGCCGUUUAUCCUAGUUGCCUUCAAAACGGCAUUUUAUGGUUCUGGCCUAAUUCGGAUCCGCAGUUUAAGAACAUACAUUCAACAAAGAAGCCACAUUUUAUCCCAGAACUUGACGACCCAUCAUAUUCCAAUAUGAUCAUUUCAAGGGAGAUAGGCUACGGGUACGAAAUCUUGAUUGAAAAUCUUAUGGAUCCUGCUCAUAUUCCAUAUGCACAUUAUGGCAUGUUUAAAACAGGGGAGUUGCCAGAGAGCUUGAAGGCUGACAGAGAAGGAGGGAGACCGCUCAAGAUUAGUGUUCAGAAAGUGGAUGUAGAUGGCUUUACUGCAAAGCAAAUCUUUGGGGACAACUACUUCAUUGCACCUUGCCUAUUCUACGGCCAUUACUCUCCCGAUGGGGAUGAUCAAAGCACGAAAAAGACAUCAUCAGAUGGAAAAAAAGAUGUGGGAUUACCCCCUGUCCCGACGGUACUACCACAUGUUCCCUCUGAUAAAAAAUCUAUGCUCAUUUUCUACUGCGUUCCAGUUAGUCCAGGUCGCAGCAGGCUGAUCUUCGCAGCUCCUAGGAACUUUGCUGUCUGGUUGGAUUGGAUUAUUCCACGCUGGGUCAUUCAUAUGUUACCCAACUUGAUUCUUGAUUCAGAUCUCUAUCUUCUUCAUGUGGAGGAAAGAAAGCUGAGGGAUGUUGGCCCUCUCAAUUGGCAUAAAGCUUGCUACGUUCCGACAAAGGCAGAUGCCUUACCCGCAGCAUUCAGAAGGUGGCUAAACAAGUAUGGUGGCACACAAGUUGAUUGGAGAAAUAAAUAUAGUGGAGAGCUUCCACCCACUCCUCCAAGAGAACAGCUCUUUGACAGGUACUGGACUCACACGGUGAGUUGCAGCAGUUGUAGCGUAGCGUAUAAACGUCUCAACGUGCUAAAGAUCGCCCUCCAAGUUAUCUCGGUUGCUUCGGUUGGAGCUGUAGCUGCAGCCAAACAGAGUGCAAUAUCCGUUGCUGCGAGGUAUUAUUUGGGUUCGAUGGCUGUGUUGUGCUUUGUGGCUUCAAAAUGGCUUUCGCAUUUCAUCCGCAAGACUUUCAUAUACCAUGACUAUGAUCAUGCCUUCCAGUAAAAAAAUUUAUUUUGUUGGGCUUGUAAUUAAUUAUACUAAUAGGGGUGUGCAACUUGCAAAUUUGAUGUAAGAAUUUAUGGGAUAAUUGUCAUUUAAAUAAGGAAAUUGCAUUGCUUUCUGAUCUACUA